GAUUCUGCACCUCGACCAUCGUCAUAAGAGAAAGAGUAAAAGUCCUCGACAUUUCGAAAAGAGAGCCACUUCCCAAAAAUAUCGAAAAUGACAUCACCGCCGAUCUCUCGCGACACGAUUUCUGAGUGGAAAUCGCAACCCACCGAUUCACGACAAGAAGCCGUCGCAACAGCCACGCCAACCCCAUCGGUACGAGCAGACUCGCCAAUCUCAGUCGCAAGCGCAUCUUCAAAGCCAUCGACACCGAAAAAGAAGAAAAAUCGCCGGGCAAAACAACAACAAAGCCCUCCUUCUCGCGUCGACACUCCACUGUCCACGGCAGUAAACGACGACAACGACAUGACUUCCCUCCCACUGCUCAUCUGCAGUCUUGGUAACCCGGGCGCGGCAUACGCAAACACCCUUCACAGUGCAGGUCACAAUGUCGUAGCCGCCCUUGCGACACUCCUCCAAGCAGGCCAGUUCACAAAAGAUCGCUCCUAUGGCAAUGGCUCCCUCACACGCUCCUAUGACCCAGAAGUCCCAUGGACGUUAUGGCAAUCCCCCGGCUUCAUGAACGAGAGCGGAAAAGGCGUUAGUGCUGCUUAUCGCACAUGGGCACGCGAGAACAAUAUGCAAGGACGCCUUGUGGUUGUGCAUGACGAGUUGGAAAAGCCAUUGGGCAGUGUGACGAUACGGGAUAAAGAGGGCUUGUCAGCGAGGGGACACAAUGGGUUGAAAAGCUGUUUGUCGAGUCUGGCGGGUGUCAAGUUUGUGAGGGUGGGUGUGGGCAUUGGGAGACCGGUUAGCAGGGCGCCGGAUGAUGUUGCGAGAUAUGUCUUGAAGAAGAUGACGCCGCUUGAGAAGCAGAAGAUUGAAGGCUCGGCGGAGGAUGUUUUGAACAAGUUGUUGGCUAUCAAGGGUUGAAGAGAUGUUGAUUGCUGGAUCAAACACAUCGAGAAGGACUGUAGGUCUGUACAGACAUGGCAUUAUUGAGCCUGCUGCAACACGCCAGACGACACGACCUUAUACGGGUGCUCGUUGGUACUCCUACCCACACGCCUCGCAAGACACCUACCAGCUCUGCUUUGACAACAUGCAAGUCUGCACAUCCUUGCGGCUGUGACACGUCGCUUUGGAGAAACGUCUCAAUGUGGGCCACGAAGUACAGGCCCAGGUUCGUUGCAUCCUUCGUUCACCUUCAACCGACAUCUGUGGUAUAGAGGCCAGCUCCUGGGAUCAAGGAGGCCAUACAUCCAGCAAGUGGCGACAGUAGUCCAUCUUGUACCCAGCAUGUUGGUUUUAGUUCUCGACAGGUCCAAAGCCAAAAACCUUCCUGACUCUAUUUCUUACAAAACUUGCUUCAGAAAGUAGACGCGCG